AUGGUCGAUCAAGAACCACAAGCUAGCAACGGCAGAGCACAGAUAACAGACGCACCCCGUGGACCACUGCUAGGGAAGCCGAGUCGCUACGUUCCGGGAGGAGAUUGGCCAAGCUAUACGGAACAGAUGGAUUUCUUCUUCGUGGCUAAUGGUGUGUCAAACGCGCAGCACAAGAAAGCAAUCUUGCUGACGAAUGUUCCCACAGAAACAUUCCAAUUGAUCAAGGACCUGUUGGCGCCAACACCACCUAGCGACGGCGGCGUCACAUAUGAACAGAUCGUACAGGUGGUAAAGGACCACGUCAAGCCCGAACAAUCUCCUCUCGUGAGUCGUUAUGAAUUUGACACUAGGGUGCGUAAAUCUACGGAGUCGGUGAGUGAUUUUGUCAAAGUCCUCAGGCACCUAGCAGCAAAGUGCAAAUUCCACGAUGACCAAAGAAAUGAGCGUCUCAGAGACAGAUUCAUAGCGGGUAUCAAAGAUGAUCGGAUGUUGAGGACGCUAUUAGGAGAGACGUUGACUGACCUUACGUUUGACAAAGCCGUACAACGUUGUGUGGCAAUGGAGCAAGCCAGUAGGGAUGUGGAGACGCUCAGAGGAGAGGCAGGACUCCAACCACGACCACACGAAGGCACGGUCGGGAUGGCUGAGGUUCAUCAAAUGACAACGGGAUCAACCACAUGUUAUCGAUGCGGAGGAGCACAUGAAGCCAGAGAGUGUCGAUUUAGAACAGCUACAUGUUUUCGUUGUCAAAAACAAGGACAUGUACAAAGGAUGUGCAGGACCAAACCAGGUCCAAGAAAAGAAGUCCAAUCUGACAAGGGACCAAUUCGGAAGGAAAAUAAGAAGAAACCAGCGAUGAAAUGCCUGGAAGCAUGGGAGAAGGAGGAACAUAGUGAGAGUGACAGUGACUUGUACAACUUGUUCAGUCUUGGAAGUAACCACGCCAUGGAGGUACAGGUGCAAAUUGAACGGAAACCCAUUGUCAUGGAAUUAGACACUGGGGCGGCCGUAUCAGUCAUAAGUCAUGAGGAAUACAAGAGGAAACUAAGACAGCAGGUCUCCAUCAAAGAGACAGAUCUGUUGCUGCACACGUAUACUGGAGAGACCGUCAAACCAAUGGGAGUGUGCACAGUGAACGUAGAACAUAAUCACCAGAAACAACAGUUGCCCUUGUAUGUACUACCCGGAAAAGGGCCAGCUCUUUUGGGACGAGAAUGGCUGAAAGCCAUCCGACUGCAAUGGUCACUCCUCCAUCUGAACGCAACUCAAGAACUAGAAGACCUGCUAGCACGACACCCCAAUGUGUUUGGAUUAGGGUUGGGGCGCAUGAAAGGCAUCAAGGCCCGAAUAGCGUUGCGGAGUGACAGCACACCACGUUUUUGGAAGGCAAGACCGGUGGUUUUCGCGAGGAAGAAAGCCGUGGAGCAAGAACUAGAUAGGCUGGAGUCUGAGGACGUGAUAGAACGGGUACAGCACAGCGAGUGGGCGGCGCCAAUAGUUACUCCUGUCAAGAAAGGAGGCAACGUUCGGAUUUGCGGCGAUUUUCAAGUGACCGUUAACCCACAGCUAGAGAUAGACACCUACCCACUCCCUCGAAUUGAGGAGAUUUAUGCAGGCUUGGGAGGAGGGAAACACUUCACAGUCAUCGACCUGAAGCAAGCCUACUUGCAAAUGGAGCUGCAAGAAGACUCCCACGCCUACCGUUCGGAGUAG